UAUUUCAUAUAAAAACCCCAUAGUUUUUUAAGAACAGCACCAUGUGACGCUUGUCAUCCCAAGUCCCAGUUUGAUUUGUUUAAGAAAACAUGUAAUAAUCUGUGUGAACGUCAUAAAGUGAUUUCAGCAUAAGUUAUUUGUUAAUUAUAUACCUGCGACCCUGUUUCUGGGAGUCAGUUGCAGAGGUUGUCUUGCAAUUGUUUGUGUUAAUUCAUCAGUGCUCAAUGGCUAAAGAAGGAGUUGUUCUUCCAUAUUCAACAGGUAGAUGGGCAUACGACGUGUUCCUGAAUUUCAGAGGAGCGGAUACUCGUGAUGGAUUUACAAGCGUUCUCUACAAAUCUCUGAAAGAAAGAGGAAUCCGAACCUUCUUCGAUGACGAUGAGCUUUCAAGAGGGAAAGAGAUCAAGUCCUCCCUCCUCAGAGUCAUCGAAGAAUCCAUGAUUGGCAUAGUGAUAUUUUCACCAAACUACGCUUUCUCAGCUUAUUGCUUGGAUGAACUUGUCCACAUCUUAGAUUGCUGCAAGGGUCACGAUCGGUUGGUUUUGCCAGUGUUCGUGGAUGUGGAUCCUUCACAUGUAAGGUAUCAGGUAGGGACUUAUGGUGAUGCCAUGGCCAAGCAUGAAGACCACCACCGCGUUGACCAACCCAAACUGCAAAAAUGGAGACAGGCUUUAGCUGAUGCAGCUGAUUUGUCUGGCUGGCAUAUCCAACAAGGGUCUAAGUCUGAAUUUACCUUUAUUCGAAAGAUUAUUGGAGAGGUUUCCAGAAGAAUCAAUCGCAACCAUCUGCAUAAUAUUGGUAACCACCUAGUUGGACUGGAAUCUCGGGUGCAUGAUGUAACAACACUUCUUGAGUUGGAGUCUGACCAGAAAACCAUCAUGGUAGGGAUUUGUGGAUUAGGUGGAAUAGGAAAAACAACACUUGCUCAAGCUGUAUUUUGUUCGAUUUCUGGUCAGUUUGAAGGCAUAUGUUUUCUUGCUGAUGUUAGCCAGAAAUCGCAUGACCUUGGCCUAGUCAGACUGCAGGAGACACUCCUUUCUGAUUUAGUUGAUGAGAAGAACAUCAAGUUUACAGAUCCAAGGGAAAUAAUUCCGACAAUAAAACACAGGCUCCGGCAAAAGAAAGUUCUUUUGAUUCUUGAUGAUGUUUGGGAUAUGGUAGAGUUGGAGUCAUUAGCUGGAGAUUGUGAUUGGUUUGGUUCCGGUAGCAGAGUGAUUAUAACCUCAAGGAACACACAUUUGCUUAAUUCCCAUGGUGUUGACAGACAAUAUAAACUCCAGACAUUGAAUGAAGAAGAAGCUUUUGAGUUAUUUUGUUGGAAGGCCUUUGAAAAUAAAGAAGCAAAUCCAAUUUAUAUGGAACUAUCAAAAAGUGUAGCGAGUUAUUCCCUUGGAAUUCCACUGGUUUUGGAAUUGGUUGGUUCUGACUUGUUUGAUAAGCCAAUUGCUGAAUGGGAAUCUCUCUUGGACAAAUACAAAAGAUAUGAUCCAAGAGAUAUUCCAGGGCUCCUAAUGAUCAGCUACCAAAAUUUGGAUGAUGAUGUGAAAACAAUCUUCCUUGACAUAGCAUGUUGCUUCAAUGGUUACAAAGUGGAAUAUCUUACUGAUUUGUUGUUAAAUGGUCGUGGUUUCUCUCCAAAAUACGCUUUACAAGUGUUGAUUUCCAAAUCAUACAUAAAGAUAGAAGACGGUGUUGUUAGAAUGCAUGACUUGGUGCAAGACAUGGGUAGGGCAUUUAAUCACAGGGAAUCACGUUCACAGCCUGGUAACAGCAAAAGAUUAUGGUUCUAUCAAGAUAUUCUCAAUGUUCUUAAUAACAAUAUGGGAGGUCCUGCUGUUGAAAUCAUGAAGAUUGACUUGCCUAAACAUGAAGAAGUGAUUUGGGAUGGAAAUGGUUUCAAGAAUCUGGAAAACCUCAAAAUUCUUGAAAUUAUAAAUGCACGCUUUUCAGAAGUUCCCAAGAUCUUCCCAGAUGAUUUGAGAGUGCUGAAUUGGAAAGGAUACUUCAAGGGAGCAAACUACAAGAAUCAACAUAGUGGGAAUACUUCUGGUUGUUGCAAUAUACUUUAGAUAAACCAUUGCUUAUUUGCAAAUGUAUUUUUCUCUUUUCUUGUAAUAGCAGAAUUAACACUAGCUGUUACUUAAAAUUACAACGACCCUCCUCAAGCUAUGCUGUACCUGGAAAGUGCAAACCCCCCUGCACUUUAUACUGCAUGUCACUUUCCUAGUUUCUCUC